AUGCACCGAUCAAGCAGUCAUACCUACCAAACAACCAGCUCAAGAGGCUCGUCGAGUCACGCCAGCAGCAGUGCCUUCAGUCCAAAUGCCAAUCCAAACGAAGACUGGACCAAGAUAUCAGAUCUUGCCGAGCGGCGGCGUAUUCAGAACCGAAUUGCACAGCGCAAUUAUCGUAAAAAGCUCAAGCGCCGCUUAGAGGACCUUGAGAAGAGGGCUGCCUCAGUUUCAGAAUCUCCAGAACGGUCCAACGAGAGAACUGAAGCGCUGAAGAGUUCGCAUCCGGCCAAGCCUCGUGCUAGGAACUCUCGCACUUCCAAGUCGAACGCGGAUGCCACGAGGCGGGCUACAGCGGAGAGGAUCCCAGCUUAUGAUGGUUAUGCAGCACAGGAUGACCGGGGGGCGAUGUUCUCCCAUCAAUGUACGCGCCAGCUCUCCGCAUCACCCCCGCCUGUAUACUCUUAUCCUUCGUAUUCCCAUUUGGAACCCUACGGGCAGUCCCCAUAUGGACAGCCACAUCCCUAUCAUUCAAUCCCGAGUACCUAUAGUGAUAUGUAUCACGGAGAGUAUGGGGCCUCAGUGCCAUCUAUUCUCCCCGUCACAAUGACUACGACAGGCCCAGUCAAGAGGCCGCAUGUCUACGCGGACGAAGAUAUUGUGAGCCCGUUUAGCAUGAGUUACGCAUCCAUGGCUGGCAUCGAUUUGUGUCCGAGUUCUCAACAUCUUUCGGAGGCCAAUAUCCCUGUACAUACCCCUCCCCGUUCAUUCAGCCGAUCUGCAAAACAUCCCGUAUUCAGCAAGACUAAUUCCCUUCCUUCAGAUGCCGCCGCUGUCGCACGUUUGCAGCGAUGA